AUGGCAUUCUGGUACAGACUUACGAGAACAGAUCAGCUUGGCAGUACAGACCAUCACGUUAUAGCUGGAGUGCAGGGUAUUGCGAAUGUGCUCAGUGUUUUGGGAGGAAACAAGAAAGGAGCAGCAGUACCUUACAGGGACUCCAUAGUAACCAGGCUUCUACAGGAGUCCCUGGGCGGGAAUGCUGUGACCAUGAUGUUUGCUGUCGUGGCGCCAACAGACCGUACCCACCAGGAGACGUUCACUACCCUACAGUACGCUUCCUACGCCAAGUCCGUCAAGAACCACGUAAAGAUGAACAUGAAUCCGUAUGAUGACUCCAGUGACAUCAUCCAGGAUCUCCGUGAUGAAAUCUCUAAACUACGUGACAGGAUCGCCUCAGCCUCCGAACCCAAGAAAGAGGAUGUUCUCAAGAUGGAGGACUUGGUAAAAGACCUACAGAUAGCCAAGCAGUCGACUUGGGCAGAGCGUGAACGAUUAUCCAACAAGUUUGAGGAGGAGAGGAAAAUUAACCUCGCCAAUAAGGGUAUCCUAGAGUGGGUCACAGACAAUGUGAGGAAGGGCAACAAAGAGCUACAAGAGAAGAUGGUACUCCUACAGAAGGAGAAAGACCAGCUGACUCUUCAAUAUAAAGAAAGGAGGAAAGGAGUGGACGUGAUGAACGAAGAGCUACAGAAGAAGAUUGCGGAGUACUCUAAGUGGACAGAGACCGGUAAAUCCUCAGAAUCCGAGACCAAAAAACGGGUGACAGCCAUACAUGAAUUGAAAGAGAGGCUGAAAAAAGAGACUGACAUUUUGAAGAAACUCAAACAGCAAAUUAAGGAUGUUCAGGACAAACAGCGUGAGGAAAGGGAGAAUGCCAAGGCCCAGAUGACCGCGAUAAAAGGAAGUGCCGAGGUCAGACAGAAAGUAGAGCUGGAGGAACGCCAUCAGUUAGAGCAGCAGAACAAAGCUAUGGUGGCCGAUGAACUCGACAAGAUGAAUAUUGAGAUCGAACAGGAGAAGUUGGAGAUCCAGGUCAAGAUGACCGAGGGUAAAAAAUACACGCCACAGGAGGGGGCAGCCUUAGAGAUACAGGUGGUGGAACUGAAGGCCAACAAGGCAGUCGUCGCCUACCAGCUGCAGACCCUACAACAUGAGAAGAACCGUCUGGCCAAGGAACUCGAAGAUGUGUACAAACUACACAAGGACGAGAUGGAGAUUCAGCAGCUUCAACACUUUCAGACAUUCCGUAGUUACCGCGAGAUGUUCGAGGAGCAGAAGGCCGCCCUGGACCAGCGCUACAGACAGCUACUUGAGGACUCCAUUCAAGAUGCUGUCUUCUUGUCCAGUCGUAACAACGAGUUGACGGAGGAGAAUGGGGAACUUAAACAAAGCGUUGCCGAGAUGAAGGAUGUGAUCACCAAGCUUGGAGGUCGUAUCCCGUCUGGAACUGUGUGAACAAUUAUUUUACCAUCUACAGUUAUUUCCCUUUGACUAAUGUCCGAAAAAGUACAGGAUGAUCACGACAAGUUUUCUUCUGGACAUCCUUUUUCAUCAAAUUUUCGUGACAUUUUUACAUUCAUUAUUGCAUGAAGUCAGCUAGUCUGAUUUUACGUUAUCUUGAGGGAAUAUUUGUACGUACAUGCCAAUGAACUCUCACGUCUCUGUGAACUUUUAUUUCAUUGUUAAUUAUGAUACAUGUUAAGUGCGUUCUAAGUAAGUUAUGUCUGUUAAAUAUUCAUUCUUACAAUUAUGAUUAAUAUUUAUUAAUUUCACCAGUAAACUAAUAGAAUUUUACUAUGAAUGUCGAGUUAAAUGUGGUACUCGGAUUAUGGUGAUUUUCGUCUUACCAAAGGAUCCGACUAACUUGUGGCGUGGACUUUUUCAGCCUGGAAAUCUCACAAUCUAUAUCAAUGUUUUCAUUCAAACACUCACCUCAGAUCAAUCCUCAAUUAUUUUUACCAACCAGUGAUAUAUGAUGGUAUCCCCCCCGGUGACAGCUUUUGUCUAUAGCUUCACAUACACAAAUCACUGAAAUGGACUUUAGAAGAGAUGAACGCAUUCCUCUUCAGAAUUUCCUAUGUCACAAAAGAUGUACUAAUUUUAUACUAUUAUCACUUGUAAAAUUUACAUUGUAAGAUGAACUAUAUAUGUAUUUACUACCUUACAUUUACUAACUAAUUGCAUGAAACUUGUACAUGUGCCGUCCUGUAUCUGAUAAACGUUGCUGUAAUUUUGGAAAUUUUCUGCUCAUUUCUAGCUGGAAAUGGAAGUGUUCCAUCUAUUGAAAUUAACAGUAAAUCACAAGUUUUGAAAUUUCUUUUUGGUUGUGUAUCAGGGGAAUCGUAUAUUUAAAUGAAAGAUUUAAAAAGACAUUAUAGUAUAUAUACAAGUACGCAAAUAAUAUUGUCAUUUGGUUGCUUUCAGGUGUGUGAUUAUGUAGUUUUUUGCAUUCAUCAAUCUAUGAACCUUCUUUCAUAAGUACAUGUACUAGUGGUGUAAUUGCUAUGGUGAUAAAACACCCAUCCACUUUCUGUGAUUUUGUGUAUUGCUGAUUCCGUCCAGAAACUUUCUAAAUCUGCAAUAUUGUAUAAUAUACCAAUCUUGUUGUUAUAUUAAAUAAUUAAUGUCUACUCACUAUUUUGUAUUCUGUGUUGACACAGACAUCACAUUCCAUUUACAGUUUAAUAACUCUAUAAUCCGAGCCAUGCAGGUCUCACUCAUUGACAUUCAGUUACAAGUGCUGGUCACUUGAUUUACUUUAAUUAUAUUGUGUACCGAUAUAUUUAGAAAUUAAAUAUUUUAAAUAUUAUUAACAUUAAAGAAAUCAA